UCCCUAAAUUGUAGUCCUCAAUCUUCCUCUUACAACUAUCUCCACAAUACUAGUAGUCCUGUACUGUGUCCGCAGUCUCUGGUCAUCUCCUGUACUGUGUCCGCAGUCUCUGGUCAUCUCCUGUACUGUGUCCGCAGUCUCUGGUCAUCUCCUGUACUGUGUCCGCAGUCUCUGGUCAUCUCCUGUACUGUGUCCGCAGUCUCUGGUCAUCUCCUGUACUGUGUCCGCAGUCUCUGGUCAUCUCCUGUA